AUGGCCGGCCGUGGAAAUGUCCCAGAUGCCGACAGUGUCCAUUCCAUAUCUGACAACGAAGACACCGACGUCGCGGGCGCCGUCGAUACCACCGACCACCCUUUCUCGGCAUACCAGCAACUCCGCUUUAAUAGUUUAUCUCCUCAAAAUGAGCCAGACGAUUAUUUCUAUCAUGGUCGGUCUGGACUGAACUCAACAGACCGACCCUGCCGGGUGUGGACAAGGAACGUUACUGGUAACGGUGACCGUGUUGAAGAAAAUGUUGAGAUAGAUGGAGAAAGUUCUUCGAAAAGUAGUGAAAGUGGUUACGAGGUUGCAGGAUCCAGUCGACUUACGUAA